AUGGCGCCGGCAAACCGAAACCCUGAGCUUGCUGUAAAAAUCUCUCAAAUGCGCCUUACCAUUGCCCCGAUAGUCCAUGUCCUGACUGGGCAGCCGCAUCCGGAGUUCCCAUCCACUAUGCUUGGACUCUUUCUCCUUACCGAAGACCAGCUUGAUGCCAUGGCACGCUACUAUUCCCAACUCGCACCAGACGCCCACACUUUCAGUUACCCCCAAUAUAUGGACUGGAGCAAGCCAUUUCUCAGCAAACCAAAGCCAGGAGACACGGAAGAUGAAAGUUGUCGACUAAGCGAUUACGAAAGGUUGAAGAUUAAGAUGAGGAUGUUCGCACGCUUUAUUGGGAUGAGGGGUGCGGAAACACCGCAGUGGGAAUAUGAGAGGCAGAUCGAGCUUUUGAGAGCCAAUAUUAACAAAACCCUUGAAGAAGAGGGGAGGUUGCAAUCAAGGAAGUGGUAUGGGGGUCCUCCAGCAAUACCAUGA